AUGACGGCCUUGGAGGGCUCCACGGGGUGCGCUGGUCACCGGGAAAGACGCGGCGACAGCCAGGAAGGAGGAGCUUUCGCCGGGAUUGAGGAUCGGACCGCAAGAGAGGAGAAUCGCGCAAGAAAGGCCGGGAUUCUCGAUGGUUUCCUUGACGGGGGAUCUGGUCGGGCGGGUGUAUUGGGCUCCCGCGACGGCAUCGAGCGACGAGGACGCGAGGAUGCGGAGGUGGCCGGAAAUCGGCGGGUCUUCUCGGCGCCGGGUGGUGCAUUUGACGCCGAAGGGCGAGUCGGAGAAGUUCCCGCCGACGGAUGGAAGGAGGAAGGAGGGCGGCGGCGGGCCUCUUUCCUUUGCAACCCUAGGCAACCGAAGAGUGGGAUGGGUUGGGCACCCAUCGGGCCGAAAGUUUCAAGACAACUGGGCCGUGAGGCCAAUGAAGGUGGACCGGACAAGCCCGUACCCAUGGUUGGACUUCCCUGGGUCGGAGAUUGGGCCAAAGACAAAUCAAGUGAGCGGCCCAUGUCUUGA